UUUCCCUUCAUCUUCUUUUGGUCCUCUUUUUUUUCUAACUACGAAUUCGUUGGCCACCUAGAAGACCAUAUAAGUAUGCUUCGCCAGGUAUCACUCCUUCCCCCAUCACCCUCAUUGCUCUCCUUUCGUCCGCUGAUAUGAACCUCCAAAUCGUCCCACCUUCCUGUUAUUAUUUCGCUUUUUCCAUCGAUGUCACUGCAACGCUGGAGAUGUAUUGUGACGGAGGUAACGACUUUAUGCUGCAAAAAUUAGAUGCUCUGAGGGAUAGAAUGUAUGCAGGCUACUGUGUGGAGGUCAAGGGAGCCUCUGGAGCUGUCGAAGCCAUUGCCGUGCGGACCAAUUGCUACCACCCCACCUGCUAUGACCUCUAUGGCCGUAUCCCGACGGAAUGGCGGGAUUACUCUCAGUCACCACGUUUAAGGGCUCGUUUCUCCCCCCAGCUCAUCAAACCUUUGGCAGAGGAUGGGCGCUAUCACCAACUCCUUCGGUCUGGACUAGACGAUGAUCAGGUUCUUCGAAUUCUUGACGGUCAAGAAGAUGCUCCAGAUACAGACAACCGGUCGGAGACCGAUAGUCAAACCGGACAAACAUUCUUAGCCAACAUGCCCGGCUGCGAUGAGCCAGAGGAUGAUAUCUUUAUGCCUGUCCUGCGUAUCGAAUAUGUGCUGUCAAAUGUACUAGAAGUAUUUGAUCCUUCGCAGCUAUGGGAAGACCGAGAUCUUUUUCAAGA